UUUAGUGUUAAUAAUUGAAUCCAUAAUACGACUAUAGUCAAUAUUUAUUCCAACAAUAUCACUAGAAUUAUUCUGAUCAGUUUUAUAAACAAAUUUGGAUUGUGACUUUGUCAAUGUCAUGCUUACAUGCAAAAAAUGGUAUUUUCUAUAUGAAACGACAUUAUAUUAUUUUAAGUAAUUAUCGAGCUUCUAGGCCACAGUCAUGUGUCGCAUGCAAGAAGAAGUAUCGAUGCAUUAGACUAAUAAAAUGUACGUGUAGAACUAUUGAUCGUUACUUGUUUCAUUUCGCAAACUGAUGUGAAAUAUUUUAUUUAAAUUCGAAUCUAGCUAUUGACUAUUUUUGAUCAAAUUUAGUUAAUCAUGAAUUUUUUAUCCAACACUGCUAAUAAGUAUUACUUUGUUUGACUGUAAAAUAAGCUAAACAAUUCAAAUCCAGAAUCAUGAAAAUUAUAAGAUGGAUAAAUUAAUGGCCUAGUUGACUCCUGGCUUGAAGUAAAUUUCUUUCAGUGUAUCAAAAAAUAAUUAAAAGUAAAGAAAAACGAAGAAAAGCCAGAUGAAGUACGUGAGUUGAUUAAAAAAUGUGCAAUGACGCAUUUAUUUACCACCGAGUCAGUACUUAUAAGCCAAUAGCUUCAUUCCACGGCUAUUCAAAGUGAUAAUCCUCUCCAUGAUGGAAAAAACGCAUGCGUAGAUCGCUUUGUUAAUCUACGCAGAAACAACGCACACAUGCGCCCUCACUUGAUGAAGAAAUUUGUAACUUAGAAGAGACCAACAAGAUAACUUUUGGUAUUUAAAUGAGUCAGUUCGAAUUGUAAUAUCAUUUAAAGUAGACGUUUGAUUCAUAAGAAUGCAACUUAAUCAUUUCGGUUAAUAUUAUUUUUAUAAAAUAUCCAUAAUAAUAAAAUUGUUCGUUUAGAUUAAUUAGUUUAGCUAAUCUAAUUUAUCAUUACAUUACCUAAUCGAUUUGACGUGGAGAAUAACAAGUAAGCUAAUAGUCAUGUGGAUAAAGAAUAUUCUUUUGCUUUUAUUUUUUGUGAGCGUUUCGUGCAAUAAAAUUCUGUAUAAAAAUAUAUCUGCCAUGCAAAAUGAUCUAGAUGUCUUCAAACAUACGAGCCAAUUACUCGAUUUGUGUUUUACUAAUGUAACGAAUCCAAUUGUUAUGAGUGAAAAUGUAGUUGAUGCGUUUCGUGUAACUGCACCUGAAUUACUGAAGAGACCUAUUAUGAUUAUCCAUAAUAAUUUUGAAGCCAAAGAUGUUCAACUAUAUUUGUCUUCUUAUCCAACGUACGUCUUGUCUGUACCAGCGACUAAAGAAUUGGGGGAACUCCUUACGAAAUUAAUGUGGUCACCUUCCUGGAACAUCGCGUCAACGUUCUUCUUAGUGUUGAAGUUGGAAAAAUGUAAUAAAUCGGCGUUUUUGUUACUCCAACAACUCUGGUACUUUAAUUUACUAUCCUCGUUUGUGGUAUGUCACGAGGUUGGCUAUGGAACAUCACUGUAUACUUUUAACCCAUUCACGAAACGAGCACCAGAUCCGUGGAUUGAAGUGAAGUUAAUUGACAGGCAGAGUCCGCAGUUUACUGUUUACAAACGACCAUUUAUUAAUGAUCUCACAACCUGUGACAAUCUCAACUUUGAUAAGACCAAGUUCUUGGACCGUUAUCCUAUUAAAUUGGCUGCAUUCCACAAAUAUCAUGAUUUUAUAGAGCGGGAUGUAUUUACUCGCAUGAACAUAACUCUGAUCAAAACUAUAUUUCGACAGACAGAAAAUUCUGAUCCAAUUAUGGAUUCAUUAACUUAUGGUCAACAAGAUAUCAGUCAGGCCCAAUAUGCUGUUGACGACCUGGUAAAUGAAUACGUAGACGUCAUUCCAGUGACUGGUGAGAUGAGUUUUGUCAUCGUAACACAAAAAAGAACUUAUAUGUCACUAGUUCGUGAAAUUGUUAGUAUUUUUGAUCUUUAUUCAGGUAUCGCAGUUAUCGUUAUUCUAUUGAUUAUUACCAUUAUGAUAAUAUUGACUAAUGGCUAUCAGAUUCGCUUAGCGUUCCUAGAUGUUCUUAAGUUGUUAUUGAGUAUGGGGAUGGAUUCACCUCUCGAUCGAUUCGCGAUGAAAAUUCUUUUUUUUACCGCAUUUUUAUUUGUCUUUACAUUUGGUCCAGCUCUCCAAGGGCAACUAUCCGCGAUCUUAACACGACCACCAUCUUAUAACGUAGAAACACUAAAAGAUCUUUACGAUCAUACGUACCAUUUACAUUAUUAUGAAGGUUUACACCGAGAAAUAAUAGAAAAAGAAUUGUGGACAACCGUUGAGGACAUGAGAUUUCUACAUCCUAGUUUAGAAGCAUUUCCGUAUAAGUGUCUAAAAUUAGCCACCCAAGAUAAUACAGUUGCGUGUAUUUAUCCCGACAAUUUGACAAUUAAACGCGCGUUGCAUAAAAAGAAUUUGUACAUAUCAAAAACCUUUUUGUUUAAAUCAAAUUCUGUCUAUGUGACCCGUAGAGAUUGGCCCCUAAAAAAUCGAAUUCAUAAGAGAUUAUUACACGCGAUCGAAUCUGGUUUAGGGCAAAAAAUUGAUAGAAGUAUGAUUAAGAAUCCACUGAAAAAAAAGAAAAAAUUUGAUAGAAUUAAAAAAAUAUUAAAGUAUGAUGAAGUAGACGCAAUAGAUCUUGAAUAUUUCUAUAUAUUUUUUGCAUUUAUUCAGCUUUUAGCAGUUCUUAUAUUUGGCAUUGAAUUUGUGGUUGCACAAUUUCAGCGUCGGAGAUAUUAAAUGAUAAAUUUGUUGUAUAAACAAAGUCAUUCAUAAUUCAUGGCUGUUAUUAUGUGAAAUAACAUAUAAUUUCUCAUAUUAUUUUUGCAAGCUUUUAGAUUUUUUAAAUUUGGAAUUGUUCACUUUUAUCUCAUUUUUUUUUUUUUUUAAUAUUAAAGUAAGUCAUGAAACAUUAUAUCAUACCGUUAUGGUAAUGAUUACUGGGAAUUCUGGGAUAUAGGCCCAUACUUUCUGGGAAAAGUUCCCAUAAGUAUGGGACCAAUUCCCAUAACUAUGGUAACAGUUCCCAUAUCGCAUGUGAAAGAAUUAUGGUAACGGUUACCAUAAUAUUAUGGCAACGAUUACUAUAAUAUUAUAGUAAUAAUGCCUACAAUAUAUAUGGGUGCCGUUCCUAUAAUCGACAUUACAAAAAAGCCGGUUACCAUGCAUAAUGGGAACCAUUCCCAUAAUAUAUUGUAAUUGUUACCAUAAUUUCUCUCCGUGUACUAUACAUUUUAAGCUUAAAAUUUACUUACUAUCUUUAUUAUUAGUCGCAAUAAACACUGACAAUCGUAACUCUAGUUAAGUCUUCUAUAUAUAUAUAAAUAUAUUAGGGUGAUUAAAAAAAAAAAAUUUAAUUUUUAACUUCCCGCUAAGAAAAUUGUAAAAUUUCUAAAAUUCGGGAAGUUAUUGUUUUCACCCGGAUUUUCGAAAAUCGAAUUAUCAUCAGAUGUCAACGUUUUGAGGUCCUAGGAAGCUAUUCUGACGAUUUUUAGGAUGAAGUCCGAUUAUCUGUGUGUGUGUGUGUGUGUGUGUGUGUGUGUGUGUGUGUGUGGAUGUAAACUCUCCAUAUCUUUUUAAUGAAUCAACCGAAUAAGAUGAUUCUUGCGGCAUUCAAAAGAGUUUGUUGGCCGUCAACUUUCCUGAAAAUUUUAGAUCGAUCGACAAAAAAGACUCUAAGAUAUUGAAGAAAUACAAAAAAAAAAAAUUUUUUUUUUUAGUUUUUUUUAAAUUUUCCACAAACGGCUCGAUCUAUCGAUUUCGAAAUCUAAUCAGCUCUGGAACACAAUAAUUUUUAAUGAGACAAUAAAAAAAAAUCAAAAAGAGCAUAAAAACUAUAAUCUUCUAAUUGAUGGAUAUUUGCAAUUUAAAUUUUCAUGCAAGAUCGGAAAAAAAAUCGGUCUGUCAGUUGACCCUGCGGGCCAGCCCCAAAACUUCCCGCUGUUUUCGAGCUCGUUGAGCUCGAAUACAUUGUUGUGGAUACAUUUUCGAGCUCUUCGAGCUCGCAAAUACUUUUGUAUGCCAUUGUUUUGUAAAAAACCAUUUUUUAGCAUUUCUUUCUCCCACGAUAUCUCGCGAACGAAUUAACCGAUUUUGAUGGUUGAGGUGGCAUUCGACGCGGCUUAUAAAGCUCUAGAGCCCAGUCCAUUUUGGAAUUAAUCCAUCGAGCACAUUAAAAGUUAUCCAAAAAAAACAUUUUUUAAAAAACUUUAUUUUUGAAAUAUCUCUGAACGAGCCCUACCGAUCAAGCUCAAUUUUCUCUCGGCUUCAAGAUAUUGACAAUCCGCGUCGAAUGACACCUUAAAGUUCAAAAUCGGUUCAUCCGUUCAAAAGAUACAGGUAUUUACAUACGUACGUACGUACAUACAUACAUACAUACACUCGGACAUCAUCGUGAAAUUAGUCAGGAUAGCUUCCUAGGACCUCGAAACGUCGACAUCUGAUGGAAAUUCGAUUUUCGUAAAUCGGACCGAAACCAAUAACUUCCCGAAUUUUUGAAAAUUUACAAUUUUCUUAGCGGGAAGUUAAAAAUUAGUCGGUUUUUUUGCGCCACCCUAAUAUAUAUGUAUGUAUAAAUAAUUGCUUACUUUUAAAGGAAGACAAAAUUAUCACGUUAUCUAUACAUAGUUCCAAAAAAUGUAACUAGAAGACCAAUGAUCUUGAAAAAGCAUACAUUGAUGUGAAUCCAAUUUAAAGUUUUUAAUAUAACAUUUUUUCUGAAAGAAAAUAUUAUCCCUAUGAAAAAUAAAUAUUCAACGGAUUAGUAACGCUAUUUAUUCGUUUUUAUUAUUGAAUGUCUUAUGAAAAAAAGAAUAUAUAGAUUUUUAACAGUUGAUCUUUAAAAGUAUAUGUAAGAUCGCAAUUAAUAAUGACAUUAAGUAGUAAACAUUAAUUUAAAUGUAAUUUGUCUUAUGAAAUUUCAGGUAUUUCAGGUAGCAGCAUAAUAUAAAUUAAUUAUAAAUAAUCUAAUUCUUGCACUCAUUUUACCGAUUGUUAUUAUAAUAAUUAAUAUUAUUUUUUGAUAAUUAUUGCAAUUCUGUAAGAAAUGUUUAUUGUUCCAAUAGAGUUAUUGACAAUGAAGAGUGUGAAGUCUUGCAUAAGUAUUUUUGGAUUUAUUUUUGUUAUAUUAAUGAGGUGUUGUCUGCAUAUAUGCUUGUUAAACUUUUCGUUCAAAAUGUCGCCUUUUCCUGUAACCGAUAAAUUAUGUAAGAUACAUUCAAAUAUGAUGUUAAAUUAAUUUAAUGUACAACUUGUCAUCAUUUCAUGUUAUAGAGUUAUCAUAUUAAUGUACUCAGAAAUAGUUUAAUGUGAUCAAUAAAAA